AUGAAAAACCACUGGUGCAACUCCAAUACCUUCCUACCCCUCCUUGCCCCAAUUGCAUGUGAGGAAACGAAGUCACAUACAUUUUCGGUUCAACUUCAAACUUGCGAGCAUCUACCGUCGGCGGAGUCAUCACAUAAGGAAUCUCACCGCCUCAGCUUUCAUCCGAAAAUCCUCCAAAGUCAUCCAAACUCUUUAUCAUCUCCUCCACUGCCCUUGAUCUACUUUCACUUAUCAUCUACCGCUUUGUGCCCCUUAUUUUCUUCACACCUCCACAACGGAUUCACCAUCAUCAUCGGCAACAAGAGGACAUAUGUCAGUGUCUGCAUAGAUGUUCUUGAGGGGUUUCAUUCAUGCUCAUGGAGCCAAAGUGGAUCGUUGGGUGGAUUAGCUUCGACAACGCUGUAUAUUGAGUAUUUGGAGAAUUGA